CGAAUUUGAGGAACGUACCUACCAGUGUCAAGCGAACGAAAGUGAUUUCAAGAUUAAAAAAAUAUAUAUUUGGGCUUUGUGAGUUAUGCCGCAGGGAUAGAGGAACAAACGUGCACGUUAUAAAUGUCUCCGGUACGUCAGCUCUACAGUGCGUGGAGGAUAAAAAGAUUUAAAACUGAAAAGCUAACGCUAACAGCUCCGUCGUGUCACUGUCACUCUGCUCCCCGCGUUUCACAACCACACGAGCGAAAAGGAUCCGCCAACAACAAGGAAACCAAACGGCAAAAGAAAGAAAGACCUUCAUGUCGCCCGGUCCUCGACCUCUUUGACCAGCAGUACAAUCAGGAACUUGAAGACUUAUGGGCGUCCGCAAGGUCAGUGCUCCUGGAGCCUCAGACCUGGCAAUAUGGGGUCAUGCUUAAUCGCUUCGCAGCCGUGACAGAUGUCAUACAGUGUCUGCAGUCUCAGGGUUUUUCCAGGUUCCUGCCACAAACAGAAGUUCCCACUUUACUUGGCGAUGCCACAUCGCCGGUGUCCAAUUCGAAACACCUGACAGGAAAAGACUCCCCGUCGUCACCUCCCUGCAUCUCCAAGUGCCCUCCGGAUGACUCCCAUUCCCACUGUGUCAGCGCCUCUCAUGCGCUCAGUCAGGACCUUCAGUCAGAGCCGUCACUCGGCUGGCCCCGUUCUUCACUACAGUGUUAUAUCCACCCACACCCACUGCGAUUUCCCUCUCAGGCUCACAGGCCUGGCCAGCUGAAGCAGUACUACCUCCUGAAUUCUGCCUCCCUGCUUCCUGUGCUGGCUUUGCAAGUCCGAGAUGGGGAGAAGGUCUUGGAUCUUUGCUCUGCCCCCGGGGGCAAAGCCUUAGCCAUAAUGCAGUGUGCCACCCCAGAGCUUCUCUGCUGUAAUGAACCAGAUCCUAAUAGACGGGACCGGCUCGCCAAAACUCUGGAGUCUUUUCUUCCACGCUCACUUCACAGCAAAGUGAUUGUGUCUGCACAGGAUGGACAAUGUUUUGGGCAGAGUGAAGCCGCAACGUACGACAAGGUUUUAGUCGACGCUCCGUGUUCCAAUGACAGGAGCUGGUUGUAUUCUUGCAGUAGUCAGCAGGGGGAGCAGAGACUGAAGGAAAGAGCCAGGCUGCCUGCGCUCCAGGCUCAGCUGCUUAGUUCGGCGCUGUCGGCGGUGCGUCCAGGAGGCCUUGUGGUCUACUCAACGUGCACACUGUCCAACUCUGAGAACUAUGCUGUGGUCGAGGCAGUGCUGAAUGACUGUCCCGAGGCCGAACCUGAAGACCUGUGGGAGCAGAUUGCCGUCCCUUUAUCACAGUACUUUGCGUUCAGUCAUGCUCACCCCGGUCACGCACAGACCUCCAACAAGCCCUCGCUGCAGCCUCACAAGGGCGGCGUGUCCUCUUAUCGCCACAGACUCGGCAUUUUAGUGGUUCCUCAGCCCGGCAAGACCUGGGGACCCAUGUUUUUGUCUCUGAUUAGAAAAAGGGCAUAGUGGGCGACUGUCCUGUUUGGGGAAAAAAAACACAGAGAAUUGACUAAUUCAAUUUUUAACCUGUUCUGUCCAAGUCAUACGUGUAGAUGUUUUAGCACUUGGUCACUUGAAAGAGACGACCUGUUGCAGCUACAGGUUUUGUGGUUUAAAGCAGCUGUUCUUUGUGUGUGUAGCAUUGAGAUUUUACAUUUGACUCAAUCACCUAACACAAAAUGAAAAUAGAACAUCUUUCAUACCAACCUCUUCUGCAUCAAAAAUAGACCUUAGAACACAUAUGUAUCUGUAUGAAGUGGCUAUAAUCGGUCAUUUUCAACAAUUAAUCAAAUGACAAUGUGAAGAUAUGAAAGGAGACGGUCGAAGCAAUUGAACUACAGAGAAUUAUCAUCCAAAUCUGCAGUUCCCCUCGUCUUUAGAGAGAUAAAAAGCUCAUUUGGUCCCAGCAGGCAGCUGUUUUCAAUGAAAACCCUCUUAUGUGGAGUGUUUAGCUGCCAACGGCCCAGAUAGUUCCCUGACAAGCUAGUCAAGACCAAAAACUGAGGGUGAAUAUUGGAUUUAAACAAUCAAGUGGCAAAAAACACAUCUCCGAAUGAUUGAUAGUGUUGCUCCCUAAUUGCUGAAUAUGUAAAUAUAAGUUACUGUUUUUAAUACCAACUUAAAUGUUCACAACUUGUUCCUGUUGAUGCCAAGUGGACGAAGCCAAGUAGCCUCUACAACCAUUGGUUACUAAGAAGGUUGUGUGGUUGCUUUGUCUAUUUUUUUUUUUUUUUUGCAGGAUUACUCAAAACAUUAUCGAAGGAUUUGCAUAAAAUUCUUUCAAAGAUAAGUCUCUGCCAUGGUAACAAUUUUGGGUGAAUCUUUUUGAAAGGUUCUUCACCGUAGUGAGACAGGGCAAAACAAGACAUUUUGAGUCAUAACUUCACAAAUACUUUACAGUUUGAAAACAUGUCGGCCGGAUGGAGAUGGGAAGGCAAAUUUGGGGUGGAACAACAUAUAGGUGGGAGAUUGCUCAGCCUUGGUGGAGCUCUGCGAUCUCUGAGUGCUCUCUUUUUUUUCUAUUUAUUAUUUAUUAUUCAUGAGAUCAGCUGUACAAUUAGGUGAAAUUGACUAAACAUGUUUUUCAAAUGCGUCACAAGAAAACAUGUUGGAUAUUAAGUUGAACGUACGAUAAGACUCUAUGAUAUGAGAUGUUAAAAAUUCAAUCCCAGUCUACCAGGAAUGAGUGCUAAUGGUUUUACUUCAGUUUCAGUGAGUUUUCUAAAUAUUGUGCUCGUGAACGAAUGAGAGAGGACGUGAGACUCGGCACCACACAAGCUCAAAUGCUGAAUCAGUACAUUGGGUCACAUUCAUUAAAUGCAAAGCAUUUUAUUUUAACUUUCUAUCUGAACCCUUGACUCAUAUGUUUAUUUGCCUGUUUGCGUUCCAACUGCCAAAGCAGUAACUUCACUGUAAAUGUUUUUCUCGACUCGACAGACUCAACAGGAGGCUAUAAUUCUCCCGUCUGAGAGAUCCGUUUCAUAACUGUGAGAUGUGAGAGCGGCAAUUAAAGGAUUAACACACA